ACAUCAAGUCUCAGUUAAAAUGUCUUCACAGAAACGGAAUAACUUCCUCGAUAUUGAAGAAAGUGAUGGCGACCGAAGCGAUCAUGGAUAUGACUCUGAGGCCGCAGAGGAAUCGAGAACCCGAGCAUCAAAACGACGAAAAAUUCUAGAUAGCGAUAACAACCUCUCGGAUCUAGAAGACGACGACAACAACGAUUUUCCAGCGACCUCCAACAAGCAAGAUGAAUCGACGCACACUCAAAAUGAUAACGAAGCCUCGAACCUCGAGUCAAAACAAAAGCCCCUCAAGCCACUCAACAAACCGCCCAAGAAGAACAAAACCGGAGUGGUCUACUUUUCCUCAUUACCACCUUACUUGAAACCAAUGGCCCUCAAGACACUCCUCGUCCAGCGAGGGUUUGGACCUAUUACAAAGGUUUUUCUUACUCCCGCCGUGCCAUCCACGAGUGGUAGUGGGCGACGCAAUAAUAAGCGUAAAACAUAUGCAGAUGGAUGGGUGGAGUUCGAGUCGAAGAAGACUGCAAAAAUAUGUGCGGAGACGUUAAAUGCGAAUAUUGUAGGAGGAAAAAAAGGGGGUUGGUAUCACGAUGAUAUUUGGAAUAUGAAGUAUCUCAAGGGCUUCAAAUGGGCAGAUCUCAUGGAACAAGUACAACGUGAAAGAUCCGAGCGAGAAGCUCGACAGCGCAUUGAGGAUAUGCGUGCACGCAAGGAGGACAAGGUGUUCCUAUCAGGUGUUGAGAAGGGCAAAGUCGUCGAAGGAAUUCGGAAGAAGAGGGAGGAUAAGAAGAAGGCGCAGGCCAAUGAUGAUAAUAAUAAUGCGGAUGGCGAAGCACUGGACAAAUUGCAAGUUCGUAGGGUUUUCAGGCAGAAUGAAGUCAAGCAGAGAAAAGAGGAUCAAGGUAUUACUUCUAUCGGGGCAGAUGCCAAAAGAGUUCUUGGAAAGAUUUUCUAGGAAGAUCUUGUUUCUGUUGAAUGAGUUAUGUCACGUAUCACUU